GCCGCCCUGUACGGGGUGCCCGGAGUGCAGGUGUCCGGCAAGGCGCAGGUGCUGCUGUGCAACUACCAGCUGUGGAGUAAGUUUCACAAACACCAAACGGAGAUGAUCAUCACCAAACAGGGCAGGCGGAUGUUCCCGUUCCUGAGCUUUAACAUCACGGGGCUGGAGCCCACGGCUCACUACAAUGUCUUUGUGGACGUGGUCCUGGCUGACCAGCAUCACUGGAGGUACCAGGGCGGCAAGUGGGUGCAGUGUGGCAAGGCGGAGGGCAGCAUGCAAGGUAACAGGACGUACAUGCACCCAGACUCGCCCAACACUGGAACCCAUUGGAUGCGGCAGGAAAUCUCGUUCGGGAAACUCAAACUGACGAAUAACAAGGGAGCGUCCAACAAUGUCACUCAGAUGAUCGUGCUCCAGUCGCUGCACAAGUACCAGCCACGGCUGCACAUUGCGCCGGUGAAGGAGGACGGCUCUGACGACCCCUAUCUCACCCCCAAGCUUCAGGCCUUCAGCUUCCCCGAGACUCAGUUCAUCGCUGUCACCGCCUACCAGAAUGCAGAUAUCACACAGCUCAAGAUUGAUCACAAUCCCUUUGCCAAAGGAUUCCGAGACAACUUUGACUCUAUCUACAACAGUUCGGAAGGAGAUCGCUUCACGCCCUCGCCCCCCGAGCAGCCGAGUUGCCAGCAGCUGCUCCCUGGCUCCCGCUUCCAGCCUUUCCUCCAGGAGCCGUACAUGGGCGGCUGCUACAGCGCGGAGCGCGCAGUCACGCACCUCGCCAAGCACCGCGAGGACCUGGCCAGCCCCCAUCGCUGGUUCAUGGCCCCGGUACAGCAGGCCGGCAACAACCGGCUGGAGUUCGGCUCUUACGAGGCCGACUACUCCGGGAACAGCUUCAUGACGUACAGCCGUGGCUUCCCGCUGCCGGCCGGCCCACACCCUCUGGGCUACUACCAGGAACACGGCUUCAGCCCCGCCCAGGCCUGGGGCUCUCGCACGGCCUCGCAGUACACGCACGCCAAGCCUGCCACCACCCUGGCCUGGUACCGGCCGCUCAGCGAGGCCCAGCCUGGACCGGCCGGACAACACGACAAGGCCAAGGACGGCGACGACUCCUGGCUCAAGCCGCCCGUGGGGCAGCCCGCAGCCUCGCCCGACCCGGCGCUGUACGACGCCGAAUGCAAACGCCGCAAGCUCUCGCCGUUCACCUCCAGCGCAGAAAACUCGCCCCCCCACCAGCACAGCAGCAAGUUUGACAAGGACAGUGGGGGCGAGAGGGGCUACUUCAGCUUUUACAGCACCUGA